CCAUCUGUCAUUUACCAAACAUCGUUGGACUUGCAAAGCCGCGUCGAUCUCGAAAAGCGAGGCAAAACUACAAGUUUCAUUGAAUCUCGUGUGCCAGUACAAAACGAUAGAACAUGUCGGACGACAAAAAGGAUAAAGACGCCGAGCACAUCAACCUGAAGGUACUCGGGCAAGACAAUGCCGUCGUGCAGUUCAAAAUCAAAAGACAUACGCAAUUGCGUAAACUAAUGAACGCGUACUGCGAUCGGGCUGGAUUGUCGAUGCAGGUCGUCCGCUUUCGGUUCGAUGGACAACCGAUCAACGAGGAAGACACACCGACUACCCUGGAGAUGGAGGAGGGCGAUACCAUAGAAGUCUACACACAGCAGACUGGUGGAUAUUGAGAAUUGUAAUUAACAAGUAACCUAACCUAAUAAACUUAUCUCUCGAUGGAGUCCAUAACCUUGUAAAGCUAACCUGCGCGUUGAUUUUGUUACUUUAAGGAUGGCAUGAGGAAAUUAAAGUUAUGUUGCAAACGCAGUAGGC